AUGGCGGAAUUAGCAUACCAGAUUCUUCCGACUAUCCAUCAAGUUGAGGUCGGCAACUAUUCAGUCUUUUAUCGCGAAGCUGGGCCAGCUGAUGCUCCAACUCUGCUAUUACUCCAUGGCUUUCCCUCGUCCUCGUUCCUGUUCCGACACAUGAUCCCCCUUCUUGCUUUAACAUACCAUGUUAUCGCUCCCGACUUUCCUGGAUUUGGCUUUACGAAGUCUCCUGCAACUUUCCCUCAUACAUUUGACAACAUAGCCGAUGUUAUGGAAGGAUUUCUCGACGCCCUGAAUAUUCAUGAAUUUGCCGAGUACAUUAUAGACUAUGGGGCUCCGGUUGGCCUGCGACUCGCUGUGCGACGCCCGCAUGCGGUCAAGGCUAUUGUGUCGCAGAAUGGAAAUGCUUAUUUGGAAGGACUCGGGCCCGGAUUUGAUGCCUUAAGAACCUACUGGGCUUCCGGAAGUCAAGCGGAUCGCGAUGCAUUGAUUCCCUUUUUCACCUUGAACGCAACCGAAUCGCAAUACACCACGGGAACAAAGAACCCCGAAAGCCUUGAACCGGAGUCAUGGUGGCUCGACUAUGCACUCAUGAAUGACCAGCCUGGGAACAUAGAUAUCCAGCUGGAUUACUUUUUCGAUUACCGCAACAAUGUGGCGCAAUACCCGCAGUACCAAAAAUACUUCCGCCAGUCUCAAGUGCCCCUGCUUGCUGUAUGGGGAGAAAAUGACCAAUUCUUUAUUCCUGCCGGCGCGAAAGCGUAUAAGCGAGAUCUACCGCAUGCCGAGAUUCAUCUCAUUGAUGCUGGCCAUUUUGCUUUGAUCAGCAAUCUUGAAGACAUUGCACACUUCAUGCUACCAUUUUUACACAAGACUUUGGGGAAGGGAGUGCAUUAUUAG